AUGAAAUAUAAAACCUGGGAAGGACAUAGAGACCAAUACGGAGACAGAGACAGAGACCAAUACGGAGACAGAGACCAAUACGGAGACGGAGACAUAGACCAAUACGGAGACAGAGACAGAGACCAAUACAGAGACAGAGACCAAUACAGAGACGGAGACAGAGACCAAUACGGAGACGGAGACAUAGACCAAUAUGGAGACAGAGACCAAUACGGAGACGGAGACAGAGACCAAUACGGAGACAGAGACAGAGACCAAUACGGAGACAGAGACAGAGACCAAUACGGAGACGGAGACAGAGACCAAUACGGAGACAGAGACCAAUACAGAGACGGAGACAGAGACCAAUACGGAGACGGAGACAGAGACCAAUACGGAGACGGAGACAUAGACCAAUACGGAGACAGAGACCAAUACGGAGAUGGAGACAGAGACCAAUACGGAGACAGAGACGGAGACCAAUACAGAGACAGAGACCAAUACGGAGACAGAGACCAAUACGGAGACGGAGACAGAGACCAAUACGGAGACGGAGACAUAGACCAAUACGGAGACAGAGACAGAGACCAAUACGGAGACAAAGACGGAGAUGGAGACAGAGACAGAUACCAAACCACAAAAUACUACAGAUUUUUGUCAGUUAUAAAGAUGUAA